AUGAAAAUCUGGACCCUUCACAUGGCGGUAGCCGUCGCAUGCGGCCAGGCUCUUGACACGAUCCAAUAUGGUGCAUUUCUGCAGACCGCUACCUACUCGGUCGCCAACCAAUUGGGAUAUUUUGUGGCCAACGGACUCAAUGUGGUCUACAACCAGGUCCCGAAUAGCACCGCAGCAUUCCAGUCAAUUCUCAGUGGGCAAUACGAUAUCCUUACGGCAACGGUUGACAAUGCCCUCAACUAUCGCUUUAACCAAGCACAGAAUGUGACGGUGCUCGGUCAACUCGAUCAGGGUCCGGAUCUCGUUCUAGCGUCAGUCCCGAACAUUACCGACAUCAGUCAGUUGAAGGGCAAACCUAUCAUCGUGGAUUCGCCGUCCAGCGGCUAUGCAUAUCUGCUUCAAAACUCACUCGCGGCCAAUGGUUUGUUUCUGAACGCCAGUGACUACUAUUUCAUGACUGUGGGUGGCACGGCAGCCAGAUACUCGGCGCUUGUCAACGGAGUGCUUCCCAACGGAACAGUCGUCUAUGCAACAAUCCUCACCUAUCCAUUCACGGUCGAGGGGGAAGCUUUGCCCCAGGGGAGUGCUCCUAACAUUCUGGCCCGAAUCUCGGAUACUGUCGCUCCCAUUACCUCAAGCGCAUUCACUGUCGGCGAGGCCAACAUUGAGGACCCGAGUGAGUCUUCAUUAGUGGUACGCUUCUUAGCGGCCAUGUAUGGAGCAAAUCAGUUUCUCCAGAACUCUGCCAACUCGGCCUGCUCCAUUGGCGCGAUUGAAGCCCAGCUUGGCCUCUCCCAAGACGUCGCCACGACCGAGUACGCGUCCGUUGUCAACAGUCUGACCGGAGAGAUAUCGCCCGGUGGUAAUUUUACCGUAAGUCAGGAGGGCAUCAUGAAUGACUUUGCGAUUAGGCAGAAAUUUGGCGGAUUUGCCAGUCUGCCCGCCAAUUUUGAUGUUGACGAGGCACUUGCACCUGGGCCCGGAAAACUCAUUGACUACACACUGAGGGAUGCCGCCGUCGCCCUUUUCCUCCAAAAUCCUUACUACUCAAAUUGUACAUUGGGAGACAAUUGA